CAGUUGGCCUUGUAAUGUCGAUUAUAUAGAACGGUGAGAAUUUCAGCGCCAUUGACGCUGUAGGCACUGCCUCCACAAUGGUACUGUCUUCCUCUCCCUUCGUUGGACUUUCACGUCCCCCAUCUCAGUCCUUCGUCAAAGCUAAUUACUUGGUCUGUUCGCUUUCUAAUCGGGUCGGCCCGGACUCGUUGGAGCCUGUCAAAUCAUGCUUCUGUUGCGGAAGAAGGAACUUCCUUGAAUCUGCAUCACUGGCAGCUACUCUCUUCCCAAUUCGCCCCACAACCGCUGCUGUUCCUCGUUCUAAUUACACGGAUAUUCUUAACGAGUUUCGUCCACCCAAGCCUGGUUGGUACGAGGAGCUGUAUGCAUCAAUUCUGAACACUACCACUAAAUCUUAUGAAGCUGAGGUUUCGCGUUGCAAGUUAGAAAUCUUCAGCAAUUUCAGGGACAAGGCGUGGAAAAUUGUGGAGAUUGGAAUUGGUACAGGAGCUAAUUUCAGCUACUAUGCUAGUAAUCCCGAUGUUGAGGUUGUUGGCAUUGAUCCGAACCAAAAGAUGGAAAAGUAUGCUCGGUCCUCGGCAGAAUCUGCUGGCUUGCCACCUUCCAAUUUUGAGUUUAUACAUGCUGUUGGGGAGAUUAUGCCAUUAGAUGAUGCUUCUGUGGAUGCAGUGGUUUCAACGCUUGUCUUGUGUUCUGUUAAAGAUGUUUCUAAGACACUUCAAGAAAUCAAAAGAGUGCUGCGACCAGGCGGGUUGUUUGUAUUUGUGGAACAUGUUGGAGCAAAAGAGGGAACAGUUCUCAGAUUUAUCCAGGGAUUUCUAGAUCCUCUUCAACAGACACUUGCAGAUGGGUGUCACCUUUGUAGGGACACAGGAGGCUUUAUAUCAGAAGCUGGAUUUUCAAGAGUUGAGCUCAACACAGCUUCUCUGAAAAUUGCUGCACUUAUAAACCCCUUUGUAUAUGGAUUGGCUUACAAGUAGCUUCAAAAGAUUCUCUCCUGCCUUGCUGUGGACCUACUUUGAUAUAUGAAUGUGUUCUUAUGUAUAUGUACAUAGUUGCCUCUGAAUUACCAACCAAGCAACGAGAACUUUAACAUGUUAUUUCUCCCGUUAGAAGUUGAUGUUGGAGGAGCAAUAUUGCAAGCUGACAUUAUUGUCUUGUGCAGAGUGUGGUUCAUUAUCCCUGGCAGGUUUGAAAGGAAGACAUAAUUAACUAUGGAAAGUGGUUUUUGGUUUUUUAUUAUCAUGUAGAACAAUUGAACGCGUGUGCUUGUUUAUAGUGAACAAAGGAACAGGACAAGGCAUGAACUGCAUCUGAAUACAUACUACAUUCUACAUAA